AUGGCUAGAGCUUCUGAAAAUGGUAAAGUCAAAGGCGGCGAUGGCGGUGGUGGUGGUGGUAAGAUCAGAAUAGGGUCAACCGGAAAAGUUAGUGCCUUGAUGAUGCAAGAAAUUGACUCAAAUCUCAAGAAGACUUCAUCAAAGAAACCUGCUAUAAGAAUCCAAACUGCACCAGUUUCGAUAUCUUGUGGGGCGGAGUCUACAAGGCGGUUCCGGCGGAUGGUGGCGGUGAGUGGCGGCAGUUCGAGCAAUGGCCACCAUCAGGUUAAGCCCGGAAAGAAGAAAACCACCCACAAGAUUCCUAUGCUUGAUUCCGAAGAUUUGUGGGUUGAUAAAACCCCAAUCCGAGGCAAAGAACGCAAGAAAGUGACACAAAGAAUUGUAGAAACUGUGGAUUUGAAGUGUGGGAAGAAUGAUGGAGAUUGGUCGAUUAUCCCAAUUAGCAGCCAACUUAGAAGGCUUAGUUUUUCAAAGAUAUCGGAUUGA